UUGAAAACAUUGCCCAAACCAAGCCCGACCCAUCAAGACAAGAGCCUAGAAGAACCACUAGACGGCAUUAACGCCCUAAAACUGUUAAAUCAGCUGUAUCAAGGACCUCCCGCCGCCGUACAUUUUCCGCAAUGGCAACCAGGCGACUGAGAGCGUUCAAGCGGUGGAUGAGGUCCCAAGGCAUAGAGUACAGCGAUGCCCUCUGCUUCACGGACAGCCCCGAGGGCGAGGGGAUCGCCGUGAGAGCGCUGUGCGAUCUCAAGGUAGGCGACAUGGUGGCGAGAAUACCAAAGGCGGCGUGCCUGACCAUGAGGACCAGCGGGGCAAGUGACCUGAUCGAAAGCGCUGGGUUGGGCGGUUCUCUGGGCCUAGCGGUGGCGCUCAUGUACGAGAGGAGCUUAGGAGAAGACUCACCCUGGGCUGGCUACCUCCAGCUCUUGCCUCCUCAGGAGUGCUUGCCCUUGCUUUGGACUUUGGACGACCUGGACUCUCUCCUACGUGGCACUGAGCUCCACAAGACUGUAAAAGAAGACAAAGGUAUUAUUUAUGAGGACUGGAAAGAUAGUAUUCUGCCCCUCUUGGAUUCACCACCUUUCAAUUUGGAUCCAAAAUGUUUUGGCAUUGAACAAUACUUCGCUGCCAAAAGUCUUAUCGCGUCUCGGUCUUUUGAGGUAGAUGAGUACCAUGGAUCUGGAAUGGUUCCUUUGGCAGAUCUUUUUAAUCACAAGACAGGAGCAGAGGAUGUACACAUCACCUCUUUACAUUCUUAUUCUGAUUCCGAAAGUGAUUCUGAUACCAACAAAAGUGAUACGCAUGUUGAUACUAGUGAUAAUGACACGUUGAUUCAAGAUUCUUACUCUGAUCAGAAAGGACCAAAUACAACUCUUGUUGGGAAGAAUCCUUCUCGGGGUAGUGACUCGGACUUCUCUUCGGUUUCGAGGGAUGAUACCAUAGUGUUAGAAAUGGUUAUGGUGAAAAAUGUUGAAGUUGGAGCCGAGGUCUUUAAUACAUAUGGAUUGGUGGGUAAUGCUGCAUUGCUUCACAGAUAUGGAUUUACAGAGCCAAAUAAUCCAUUUGACAUUGUAAAUAUCGAUAUGGAACUAUUACUCCAAUGGAGUUCAUCUUCGUUUUCUGACCGGUACCGUAGAACCAGGCUAGCCCUCUGGAGAAAACUGGAUUACUGUGGAUGUGUUAGCCAGGACACUGAAUAUUUUGAGAUCUCAUUUGAUGGGGAACCCCAAAUUGAGCUGCUGAUAUUAUUGUACAUAAUGCUGUUACCAGAGGAUACAUAUCAUAAGUUGGACCUCACAGUGUCAACUGCAGGGAACUCUAAUGGAUCCAUAGGCAUGAUCUUGUCAGAAGAAGGCCAGUUCAUUUGGGAAAAAGCUUCAGAAGUGAGUAAGGAUUUGUUGUUGACAGAGGAUGUUUGUGAUGCCCUUUUGUCGCUGGCAGAUAUGCGAGAGAGUUUUUAUGGUUCUAAUUCAAUAGAAGAUGAUAUUGAAGCACUUGGGAAUUGUUGCAUAAGAGAGAGAAAGUUGUACCAUUCUUUAAUGCUGCGUGUCAGUGAGAGGAGGAUCCUGGAAAGGCUCAGAACUUAUGCUGCUGUUGGUGCUCAGUCUUUUAGAACAGCUAAGCGAUCCUCAGUGAGGAAAAAGUUAAAGAAGAAAUGAAACUUUGAGCUCUAUUUAAACAUCAUUUGUGGCGUUACUUGUAAUUUCUCCAAAUGACAGUGCAGAGGUUCCGCUGCCACCAUUGUUUCAUGAAGUGAAAUGGUGAAAUUUUAAACCAUUAUGUAACAGUAGGCAGUUGGUAGGCAAUGUCAGCAUUGGUAGAAUAGAUGGCCUGACUUUUUAUUCAAACCCAAGUGUGAAACUUAUUUUCGAGUCGAUUUAUGAGAUUUUGUUGGCCUGUUUAGUUUGCUUUAGAGGAAUGGAAAUGUGCAUUUUUGUAUUACUUUGGCUUAAUAUAUUAUUUGCCUCA